AGGGGGCUCGCGCCGCGCACGGGGCCGCCGCCGCCGCCGCCAUAGUGGGAGCCGCGGGACACUCUUAGAAUGGCCUGUGGAUGGUGAGAUACCUGAGGAGCUAAAUACAUGAAUCAGUUGGUGUAAGCCACUUGCAGGCAAUCCAUGUUAACAGUCACUGGCUCUGGUUGAGGAUUCAGAAUGGGAGACAAGCCUAUCUGGGAGCAGAUUGGAUCCAGCUUUGUACAACAUUACUACCAGCUUUUUGAUGCAGACAGGACUCAGUUAGGAGCAAUAUAUAUUGAUGCAUCAUGCCUUACGUGGGAAGGACAGCAGUUCCAGGGCAAAGCAGCCAUUGUUGAAAAACUCACUAGCCUCCCUUUCCAAAAAAUACAACACAGCAUCACAGCACAAGACCACCAACCUACACCUGAUAGCUGUAUACUCAGUAUGGUAGUGGGACAGCUUAAGGCUGAUGAAGAUCCUAUCAUGGGAUUCCACCAGAUAUUUCUAUUAAAGAACAUCAACGAUGCCUGGGUUUGCACCAAUGACAUGUUCAGGCUAGCACUGCACAACUUCGGCUGAGCAGCCCAUCUUUUUUUUUUUUUUUUCGUUUUCCUCCUCUCCUCUUAACUGGUAUUAUUCACACUCACGGAACAUUCCAAAUAUCAUACACAAACCUGCAGCACUGCAGAGCGUGAGCAAGCAAGACUUGUGACCUGCCCUUCUGCUGAGUUUACAUUGUCACUAGAUGAGUUUCUUGUGCAUGAUGUUUGGAAGUUAGACUUAGCUGCAUUUGAUAAGAGAAAUUUGUGUUGUACCAGCAUGCCUCGGAAAGAAUUUAUAAUGCAAAAGGUUGUUGUUUAUGUACUGACAAGAUGCUCUAUAACCCAAAGAAAUGAAAGAACAGCAGCCUGUACAGCCCAGUUAUUGAUUUGUUCAGAUGUUUCAAUGCUACAUUACACAAUAAAACAGAGAUUUUCUUAAAAGUU